AUGGAAUCAAAACUACUAGAGGUGGCGCCGAGAGAAGUGAUCAAGCCUGCUUCACCAUCACCUCGUGAUCGUCUUCAACUCUCCAUCGUUGAUCUCUACUGUCCCCCAGUCUACUUGUCAACGAUCUUCUUCUACGAACCUGACGAUCUCUUAACCGUAUCCCCGGAGAUUUUCUCGGAAAAACUGAAAUGCUCUCUGUCCGAGACUCUUUCCCGCUUCUAUCCACUGGCUGGACGAAUCGAAGGCGCUUCCAUCAGCUGUAACGACGAAGGAGCCGUCUUCACAGAAGCUCGCAGCGAUUUCCUUCUCCCUCACUUCCUGAGAAACCUAGAUACGGACUCUCUUGUGGGAUUCCUCCCGAAGUCAGCCCCCGGAGAUUCUCCAGGGGAGUGGCCCUUGUUGAGUGUCAUGGUCACUUUCUUCGGUUCUCGAUCAGGAGUGGCGGUCUCUGUAUCUGUCUCUCACAAAAUCUGUGAUGCAACCUCAUUGGCGACCUUUGUAAAUGAUUGGGCUACCACAACGGCCAAAGGGAAGUCAAAUGAUGUGGCGGUAAACACUAUUGCGUUUGCUGAAACUAUCAUUUAUCCUCCUCCUCCUCCUCAUCAAAUGUAUUUAGAGUUCCCAUCAAAGGAUUCUAAUCUUAGCAUCACAAAUAAAUGUGUCAUCAAAAGAUUUGUCUUCGAACCUACCAAGAUUGCUGAGCUUAGACACAAGGCCGCUAGCGAAAGUGUCCCUAUACCUACACGCGUUGAAGCUAUCAUGUCACUUCUUUGGAAAUGUACCAGAAAAUCCUCAAGCUCUAACAAUGUAAUUCAAAGGCAAUCCAUGAUGUUUCAGGCCGUGGACUUGCGCCUUAGGAUUCCAUCUACUGUUUUACCACAAAAUGCGAUCGGCAAUUUACAAACAAGUUUCACUCUCAAGAAAGACGCAGAGAGGGAGUUGGAGAUCCCAGAUAUCGUGGCCAAAUUCAGGAAAGCCAAAGAAGGAGUCAAUAAGAUGAUCAAAGAGAAUCUCCAAGCCAAUACACUUAGUCAGAAUUUGAUGAGGUUGAUGGAGAAUGGUGAGUUUGAGUCACCGGAUACAGACAUGUGCAUAAUGUCUAGUUGGUGCAGAAAGCCUUUCUACAAAGUUGACUUCGGAUUCGGUUGCCCGGUCUGGAUGGGAUACGCAGCAGAAACUACUUCCAGCACCAUAGUGUAUGUCCUAUUGAUUGAUUCAAAAGAAGGUGAUGGUGUAGAGGCAUGGAUAGGCUUACCUGAGCAAGACAUGUCCGUGUUUGUUGAUGACCAGGAGUUGCUUGCUUAUGCAAUCCUAAAUCCCCCGGUCGUGUCCUAAACAGGACUACUACCAAUCGCAUCUCGAUAAAUAUAUUUAUAUAUAUGGAUUUACUAAGUUUUUGGAUUUUGUGUGU